AUGAACUGUUUCUUCAACACAGGUGUCAAGGACGUCAUCUUCCCCGAAGACAGCAUUUUCUACGACAUCAGUCCAUCUUCAUUCCGAGGAUGCACACAACUCGCAAACAUCCAACUUCCAGCCAACGUACGAAGUCUUGGUGAUAACUGCUUCGAAUCUACAAAACUUUCUAUUUUCAGUGUUCCUUCUUCUGUUGUCACUAUCAGCAGCUACUCAUUCCGAAACUGCUAUGAUCUCAGUGAGUUCAUUAUUCCAGAAGACAACAAACUUGAAACUAUCAAAGAUCGUUCAUUCGAAGGUUGCACAAGUCUCCGUUUGUUCCGCUGCGAACUUAGCAACUUCUUCACAGUGUUCAACGGUGCACUUUUCAACAAAAACAUGUCGACACUCAUCUGCUUCCCACCAGCAUCUUCGAUCAAGUACUUCUCAUUCCCCGACGAAGUCCGCCUUAUUGGCAGUGGUGCAUUCAUCGGAUGUCGUAACAUCUUGAGCAUCCUUAUCCCAGACAAUUCUAUCGAACGGAUUGGCACAUUCGCAUUCGCGAACUGCACAUCUCUUAAGAUGAUCAACAUUCCAUCAUCUCUCAGUGUUAUUGAGAACGGUGCAUUCUCAGGGUGCGUGUCUCUGAAAUGCGGUAUCUUCAUCGACAACAAAGAACGACGAUUCAUUGAAGAACUUAUUGAAACAUCUCUUCUUCCUAUUUCAGCUCUUAACGAAUGUGGUCUUUUCAGCUGCAAAGUCCGCAACAAUUUCAACCUUCCAAUUUCUCCUUCAUAUUUAUAUGUUUUUAUUCUCAUGUAA